UCUUCCUUGAUUAGAAAGGAGAGGGAGGCCCGGACGACACAGUCGGCUCGGCACGACACGACACGACUGACGGCCACAGCCUCCCUUGCUUGUGCGCACUUUUGUCACUUUCAGUAGAAUACUUCUCGAGGUCCCCGCACAGACUUUUUGACACUGUCUGCGGCGGAUCUUUUCUUUUCCCGUCUUGUGACGGGGUCGUUGAUUUGUCUUUUGGGGGCUUUUUCCUGUUUCUUUUUGUAGUGGGGCACUUAACCAUGCUACUACUGCUGCUAUUACAACUACUUGGACUACAAACUUCGCUGCAACUACAGGCGUCGCCACCGCCCGGCCGCUGCGACAUCCAGCAGAGGCUGGACGUGUACACGACGUGCACGUCCUGCGCAGCGGUGCCCAGCAGCCUGUGCCCACGUGGCUUCACCAACGGUGGCGUCAGCAACUGCAGCUACGUGGUCCUGAUCGGCGGCCAGGAAGUCUCGCUGGACGGCUGUCGCCGCCUUUGCGCCAAGAACUCCAUGCAGGCGCAAUGCUGCCCGCAGUACUGGGGACCACUUUGUCUCCCCUGUCCCAGCUGGUCGGGGAAGACCUGCAACUUCCACGGAACCUGCAUGGAUGUAGACCAUGGCAACGGGACCUGCGUUUGUGACGAAGGCUUCAGUGGCUUUGCGUGCCAGACAUGCAGCAAGGAGAACACUUUUGGCAAAGACUGUGACAAAGCGUGCGACUGUGAGCACGGCGUGUGCGACCAAGGCCCCGAGGGCAGCGGCCAGUGCUUCUGUCAGCCGCCGUACACGGGCAAGCGAUGUGACCAAGUGAACAACAGGUGCAGCGCGUGCAGCCCAUACUCGUACUGCUCAGGAGAAGGCGAAGCCGCCACGUGCCAAUGUUUGCCAGGAUACAGGAAGACAGUCAAGAACAAAUGCGCAAGCACGUGCGUAUCGAGCAGCUGCGACGUCAACGCUCAGUGCUCCACGCAGGGGUCAAAGGUCAGCUGUGCCUGCAAGGCCGACUUUGACGGCGACGGCCGCGUCUGCGUACCCAAAAACCCCUGCACCGUCAACAACGGCGGCUGCCCUCUCAACUCCACCGUCUGCGUCUUCAAGGGGCCCAACAAGGUGGCCUGUGAGUGCAUGUCCGGCAUGAUUCCUGUGGGGGGCACCGCCGAGUCGGGCUGCAGACUGCUUUCGGCCUGCGCGUCGGACACCUGCCACUCGUCGGCCGUCUGUCAAACUGGGCUGGAUGGAAAAGCCAGAUGUGUGUGCAUGCCAGGCGAGAUCAGCGAUGGGCGACGUUGCUACGGUAACCUGAUGGAGCGUCUGCAGGACCUGAAUCGCAACGGAGCGCAGAAAGGAAAACUCAAGGGGGCCCUUGACCUCUUUGCCAAAGGUUGUUCCUCGCUGAUGUCUCACAACGGACCGUUCACAGCUUUCGUCCCUCUGCUCCAAACAUCUCUGACUUCUGUGGACGAGCAGGUGUGUCGCAACCACCUGAUCCUGGGUCAGCACCUCCUGCGGGACAUGACGGACGGCCGACAGUUCAACAUGUACGGAGGCGCCAAAUUGAGGAGCAAGGACAACAAGCGUUUCAUCAUGCUGCACGACCCCACGCGCACAUACGCCGUCGUCCAGGCCGACCUGCCGGCGGCCAACGGCGUCAUUCACAUCAUCGACCAGCCAAUCGCAGGGACCCCUGACAACCGGCCUGCUACUUUUCCUCUUUCAAUAGGAGAAGUCCAUAAGUUUUCAACAAUGAACAUCGGGGAGGUUGUCAGAAGAGAGCCAGCCUUCAACCGCUUCCUGUCACUUGUUGAUAAUUGCGGCGCAGUGUUGCCCCUGAACGGGCCGGGCCCGCUGACCGUCUUCAUCCCCAGCAACCUGGCCGUGGACAACGCCAGAGACGGGAGCAUCCUCUACAUGCUCAAUCAUGCCAAGGCCAAACUUCAGCAACUGCUGCGGAACCACAUUUACACCAAGGGCAGCCUGGCGUCCGAUGACCUGACGUUUCUUCCUCACAUCGAGACGACGGCCAAUCAGCUGCUGAGCAUUUCCACGUCUGCCGACGGCGACAUCCUGCUGGGUGACAAGGGCGUGCGCGUGCUGAGUCCCAACAACCGAGCGCUCAACGGCAUCUUCCACGUGGUUGACGGCCUCCUCUACCCGCCCACCAUCUUACCCAUCAUGCCGCACAGAUGCGACCACGUCCAAAGCCAAAUCACACAAGGCCCGUGUGUUCACUGCAGUUACCUGUACGAGACAUCCUGUCCAGAUGGCAGCACUGAACUGAACACUCACGUGAUUGGCUGCGACUACACGCCAUCCCCUCUGCAUCGGUCGCCGAGCAAAGGCUGCGCCAAGAACUGCAACGUCACCACACGGACGCCCGAGUGCUGCGAUGGCUUCUUUGGGGCGGACUGCAAGCCGUGCAUCGGAGGCUUCCAGCAUCCCUGUUACGACAAAGGAAAGUGCUUUGACGGUAUCCGUGGCAACGGCUCCUGCAGCUGUCAAUCGGCCUUUGAGGGCGUGGCCUGCCACAUCUGCUCUGACCCAUUCAAACACGGAGAGCACUGCGACGAAGAGUGUCACUGCCUCCACGGCGUGUGCGACAACCGGCCGGGCAGCGGCGGCGUGUGUCGACGCGGCUCGUGUCUGGAGCCUUUCUCCGGGGAGUAUUGCGAUAAAACGCCCACGCUGUGCAAAGCUGACAUCAUUGACAAACUGUGGGAGCACUGCCACAUCAACGCGUACUGCACCUUCAAUGGCUUCCAAACCACGUGCGUUUGCCGGGACGGCUACGAAGGUGACGGCCACUCGUGCACGGCCAUCAACCGCUGUUUGAAGAGCAACAGAGGAGGCUGCCACGCCAACGCGGAGUGCGUGUAUUUGUCUCCGGGCAACGUGUCGUGCGUGUGCGUGGAGGGUUGGACGGGUGACGGGCGCGUCUGCGUGGAGAUCAACAACUGCCAGACGGCCGCGCGAGGAGGCUGCAGCCCAAACGCAGACUGCAACCACAUCGGACCCGGGCAGAGCGAGUGCGUGUGUAAAAUGGGUUACAUGGGGAACGGCGCAGAUUGUGACAGGGUGAACCCGUGCUACAGCAGAAACGGAGGCUGCCACGCCCUGGCAAAAUGCAAUCAGACGGAGGACGGCAACCGCACGUGCACGUGCCCCGACGGCUACGAAGGAGACGGAAUCAUCUGCUACGGAACCUUGAUGGAGGAGCUGGACAUGAAUCCUAUCUUCAGCAGCCUGUACUACAUGAUCCACAGGUACCCUCAAGCCGCUGAGGACCUGAGCGGCAACGUGACCGUGCUGGUCCCCAGCAGACAGGUGCAGCAGAACAUGAGUGACGCCGACGUCAUUUUCUGGAACACGAGGCAUCACCUCCCGCACAUCCUGCGGGCUCACUUCCUGCCAGGCAGAUACUCCGUGGAAGACAUGGAGAGCCUGAUUGGCCACAAGCUGCCCUCCAUGCACGUGCCCACCCAAUGGGAGAUCCAGAACAGCAGCAAGGGAAUUCUCAUCGGCGGCGCCGCCGUGGUGACCCGGAACCAGCCGGCCAUCAACGGCUACUUCCACAUCAUUGACAAGGUGUUGUUUCCAUCCCGUUCGGACCUCCCGCCCGAGCCGCUCACCCUGAAGGCCUUCCUGGAAUCAUCGCCGAACUUCAGUCUCUUCCGUCAAUACGCUCUGAAGUACAAUCUGUCAGGGGAAAUCAAGCAGACUGAGUUCACCCUUCUGCUGCCCACCGACGACGCCAUCCGUCAGUACCUGAGUGAAGGCAACACCACCCAGCUGGACCCCGACUUCUUCAAGUAUCACGUGAUUCUCAAACAGCUGCUCUUCCCCGAAAAACUCUAUGACGGUCUACUCGCGGGCACUCUGCUGGGUGCCGACUACCAGGUACAGUUCCACCUGGACUCCAACAAUCAGACGUUGGUGAACGACGUGCCACUAGACGGCACCUUCAGCGAGACGCAGUACGGCGUCAUCAUCGUCCUCCCGCGUGUCCUCUCUGUGCGCCGCAACAGAUGCAGCCAGGAGGUUAUGGUGCAAGUCAACGGCCGGUGUACUGCCUGUGACGGAGCCCCCCGCUGCCUCAGCAGAUAUCAGCCGAUCACAAUGCAAUUCCCGGAGAACAUGAAGCCCAACUGUCGAUACAGAAAGCGCGUUGGAGCCCGCAGGAAGUCCAUGCCAGGCUGCGUAAUAAAAUGUCUGCAAGUCGCCAAGGAUCAAUCGUGUUGCCCCGGUUACUACGGGCACGAGUGCUUCAAAUGCCCGGGAGAUGUGGGCAGCUGGUGCUCCAAUCACGGCCAGUGUCAGGACGGUCUCCGUGGCAACGGGGAGUGCCGAUGCUACGAGGGUUUCCACGGCACCGCCUGCGAGGACUGCGAGCCUGGACGUUACGGUGUCAACUGCACUUCAAAGUGCGCCUGUGACCACGGCAAGUGUGACGACGGUUUGUCGGGAAGCGGCAGGUGUGACUGUCACAAAGGAUGGAAGGGGGCCUCGUGCUCCAUCGAGAUAAAGGACGAUGCCUGCGGAGGAGUCUGUGAUGAGAACGCCAACUGCAUCACGGGGCCGCAGGGGAGCGCGGCCGCCUGCGUUUGCGUGGCCGGCUACAAAGGCAACGGCAGCGUGUGCCAAGAGGUGAACCUGUGCAGCCUGUCCAAUGGCGGCUGCUCGCCGUUCGCCACCUGCGCCACAGUGUCGGCGGGCGUGCGCACCUGCACCUGCAACAAGGGCUACACGGGCGACGGCGUGGUCUGCCUGGAAGUGGACGGCUGCCUGGUUAACAACGGAGGCUGCCACAAGUCGGCCGACUGCAUCCGAACAGGACCUGACACCGUGGCGUGCAGGUGCCAGACGGGCUUCCAAGGGAGCGGCCGCUUCUGUUACCCCAGUAACCCUUGCAGAACCAACAAUGGCGGCUGCAGCAAAUAUGCCCGCUGUGAGUAUUUGGGACUUGGCCAGAGGAACUGCACUUGCCUCCGAGGACAUAAGGGCGACGGCAUCGAUUGCCGCGGCAAUACCAAUGCCGAGGUGUUCCGAAACCCGGAGAACGCCUUCUUCCGUGACAUGCUCUCUCAGUCAGACACUAUGAGUCUCUCCGGCGAUGGGCCGUUCACCGUCUUUGUCCCCAUCGACAAUGACACGUAUCCUGUUGUUAGUGAGUGGAAGCUGUUUGGGCGUCUCAAUGAUCUGGUGCAGUACCACAUUGUUUCCUGCGAGAAGCUGACUUUGAACGACCUCCAGAGCACCCAGCAGGCCAUCUCCACAUCCGGACACACGUUGAAAUUCAGUCUGCAGCAGGGCUCGGUGUGGAUCAACAACGCCUCUCGGAUCAUCAGGAGCGACUACAGCACGUCCAACGGGGUCAUCCACCACAUCAGCGGCAUGCUCACCCCCUACCAAUUGAGCAGCAAACAACGCGUCAACAAGAUGAACUUCACUGUAGCUGCUCAAUUUUAUGGCUACAGCAGCUUCUACCAGUUAAUCGAGCGCGCCGGCCUGCUCCCAGUGCUGCAGUCAUCCAUCCACCGGCCGUUCACGAUGUUCUGGCCCAGUGACCAGGCCCUCAGCUCGUUGCCCCCUGAAAGGCAGCGCUGGCUCUCCAGUCCCGACCACCAGGAGGAGCUGGCCGCCACUGUCAAAGCGCACAUCAUACGCAGCGCCAGGAUUCUGGGCGUCAGUCGGCCAGGAAUAUACUCGUCCUUCCGCUCCAUGCACGGAUCAAGAAUCAAGUAUAGCUGUGACAAAAACCUGGUGGGCAACAUAUUGAUCAACGAAAACGCGGCCAGGGUGGUGGAGCGCUACCUGAGCUUUGACGAGGGCGUGGCCUACGGCAUCGACCAGCUUCUGGAGCCCCCGGGCCUGGGGGCGCACUGCGACAGCGUGGAGAACAGAACCACUUUUGGCCGCUGCGGCCGCUGUCUGUUCCCUCCGCCCUGCCCCAUCCGUCACCAGGACACGGGACGCGUGGAGAGCUGCAUGAGAAGUCGCAUCAAGUACUCGCUGGGCUACAUGCGCUGGGCCGGCGAACUGGACAACCCGCUCAGCUCGCUCAGAACCUUUGGCUGCAAGCGAGUGUGCCGCUUCCCGGGUUGGGUCCAGAAGUGCUGUAAAAACCACUUUGGCAGAGACUGUCAGGUGUGUCCUGGCGGCGUGGAGUCACCGUGCAGCGGCCACGGCGAGUGCAGCGACGGCUUACGAGGGACGGGCAAGUGCAACUGUCCUGCCGGUUUUCAAGGCGACGCGUGCGAGAUGUGCACGCCGGGACAUUACGGCGCCAACUGCACAGCAUGCGAGUGCGGUCAGCAGGGAACGUGCGACGAGGGCAUGGAAGGCUCGGGCCAGUGCGUCUGUAGAGCGGGCUGGAAAGGAGACCGCUGCCAGAUCGACUUGGGUUCCAUCCCCGAGGAGUGCCGUCCAUGUCAUGCUCAGGCCGAUUGUUUGCCAGGGUUGGGCUGCCUGUGCAAGUCUGGUUUUCAAGGCAAUGGCACCACAUGCACUCCCGAGCCACCUCCGAAUCUUUGCGAGGAGUACAACGGCGGCUGUCACCAAGACGCUGACUGCACCCAGACGGGACUGCGGGUCAACUGCACCUGCCGCAGCGGUUACCGCGGCGACGGCCACGUAUGCGACGCCAUCAACAGGUGUGUAGAGGAGACAAAUGGCGGCUGCAGCGACUUUGCAUCCUGCAAGUUCACAGGCCCGAAUGAGCGCAGGUGCGAGUGCUUAGAAGGCUACGUGGGCAACGGAAUCCAAUGCCUGGAGAAAGUUGUGCCUCCCGUCGACCGCUGCCUGGAGGACAACGGCGGCUGUCAUCCCGUGGCCUCCUGCAAGGACUUGCACUACCACGCCAAUACUGCGGGAGUGUUCCAUCUUCGUUCACCGGAAGGCAAGUACAAGAUGAAUUUCAGUCAGGCGGAUGCGGCGUGCCAGGCCGACGGGGGCGUGCUGGCCAACUACAAACAGCUGGGCGACGCGCAACAGCUGGGCAUGCAUCUGUGCGUGGCCGGCUGGUUGGAGGGCGGCAAGGUCGGGUACCCUACGCGCUUCCCCAGCAUGAGGUGUGGCGAGAACCACAUAGGCGUGGUCCUCUACAAGGAUCCCGUGGACCGGAACAGCACGUACGACGCCUACUGCUACAGGCUCUCGGACGUCGCGUGCAAGUGUCCCGACGGCUUCGAAGGAGAUGGCGUCUUCUGCAACAGCGUCCUGAUUGAUGUGCUGGCGGCCUACGGCAACUUCAGCCUCUUUUACAAGUCCUUGUUGGACUACGGCGGUUUCUCCGCACAGGGCCAGCGUCUGGUUGAUUUUUUGACUCAAAGGCAGUCGGAGUUGACGCUGUUUGUCCCGCACGACGACGGAUUCAGCCCUGGCCAAGUGCUCUCGGGUCGAGAUGUGGAGUAUCACAUCUCUGCCAAUCACGUCAGACGAGCAUUUAAGGAGCUGCGACACCAGGAAGUCAUCCCGUCCAGGCUGGGCUUUGACCUGUCUGUUACCCACGGCAACAACGAGAGUUAUAAACUGGUGAACCAGCGCCUCCUCUUGGCUUGGGACAUCCCAGCCGUCAACGGGAUCAUUCACGUUAUCGAGGCGCCGCUGACGGCUCCGCCGCCUCAGGUUUCCCACCACGCUGCGCACGGCCACGUCCACUCCAGCGGCACCGUGUCGGCCAUCUUGGUGUCGCUGCUGCUGACCGCCGUGGCGGCAGGGAUUGGAUACAACGUCUUCAAGCACAAGACGGAUGCCUUCAAAUUUCAGUACUUCAAAAAUGACGACGAGGACAAGGCAACGGCCAGCCCGUCCAAACCCGCACUGGUCUGCAUCCCCAAUCCUUUGUACAGCGGCUCCAGAGCCUUCGCUGAGCCUUUUGGGGAGACCAGUCAGAGGGCAGAGCCGGAAGAACCCGAGGAACCUCCAAAGCUCCUGGACCUGGAUCAGUGAAAGGGCUCACUGGUUGAGCUUUUGUAACGACCGUGUCUUGCGUAUUCAAAAAUCAAACUUGUCACACAACAGGAAGACAAAGUGAUUGUCCAAAAAUUUUGCACUAAUCGUUUUCUACCAACCAUGCGUUGCAUGACUGAUCAUCUCAGUUCACAAGCUCCUUCUAACCAAAACAGAAACUACUGAGGACAAACAGCUCGGUUUAAGUGUGUGGAGUCAUGAUGUUUGUGUGCACACGCACAGUCAUACAAAAAGAAGCACAUAAAUGGAAAUAAAAACACCCUUAAAUACACAAAGAUACCCACAAAAACAAACACGGAUGCACACAUAGUCAUGCAAAAACAAGCACAUAAACCUCAAAUACACGAUAACGCAAAGACACCUACAAAAACAAACACCCACACACACACACACAUGCGCACACACACACACUCAGAGUCUGUGUUGGAUGGUGUCAUGAAUCAUUGAUAGUGAAUGUCGGCACUGCGAAUGUGCUGAGCUCGUCACAAAAGACCCGCCACUGUUUGCGCGACAUGCCGAGAUGUCCGGACAAAUCUGCGAACAUGAUGCUGCAAACGUGCGCACGAGCACACGCGCUCAAAACACAAUUUGUUAUCUGAUCCAAAAUAAAUAGAGGGUCUGAUGUGACGAUUUCCAGAAGCCAUUUUAGGCAUGGAACAAAAGGGCACAUCAGAAGCCAUUUUUGCAUAAGCACAAUUUAAAAAUCUAGUACGGGUACAUUCAUAUUAAUCGAAUAAAACAUGACAAAUGCUGUGGAGUCUAGAAAUGCUAACAUCAAUGUUAGGAUUUGUGAAUUUGAAAAUAUAAAAUGGCCAGCUAACAAUGAUCAAAACACUGCUUUGAGCCGCAGAAGGCUAACAUUGUAUUUGAAAGGAAACACUGAACUACAUUGAACGUGAUAAAAUCAGCUAUACUUGUA